CCUUAUAUUCGGCGGCUUUCCAUACCAUUCUCUACGGAACUGGCUAGUCUGGCUGGCCGGCACAUUCACCUAGUUUGUUGUACUGUUCUCCGUUUCGCCAUUUCCCUUCCACCUUUCAUCAGUCAUCAAACACCCCCCAGUUUAAACUCUGCGACUACUGCUGCAGAUAUUGAAAUCGAUGCUGACGCUACUACUUCUGGUCCAUGCGAGAAACUUCCUUUAGCAUGCCCCGAAGCCUCGCCGUUUGAUCCCUGCACUGUCUCUUCUUUUUCUUCGGAUUCCACAUUAUUUCCACCAUCUGUCUCCGAUAGUUACUCAGUCGUCUCUGGUGUUUCGAAGUCUUGUUGCACUGCUACGGAGCCUACGACACCAUGGUUUGUCGUUAAAUUCCUACCACAAACCUCUCGGCCAUUCUUGCCUUCUUUUCUUGCAUCAGAGUCUGGAAAGUUAGUCCGUUGUGAUCGGAGACUGAACACAGAGACGCCGUGUUACCGUAUGAGGACUCGAAUUCUUGCUGAUAUUCUUCCAACCGUAAUUCGACAUCUUGAUCAACUGGGCUACGUACAGGCUACGAACAUUCUGAUGUUUUCAUCUGAUGGACGCAAACCCUUGGCUCUUACUCAACCUAUCUCAAGCCUUGAUGGUCAACGCAUCCUUCUGUUUCAGCCUCAAUUACCGUCUCAUCGAAACGGUCUACAUCCAUUCUCAAUACUACCGCCAACUCUGUCUCCUUCCGAAUCAGCUUUUGCAGCCCGCUUCCUGGCCUCUCGUUCUUGUUUGUUAUCCUCAUUUCCCGAUGAACUCAUUCGCUCGGCUAGUCCAAGUCACAUGUAUAGUUGCUUGCCCCUCGAAGGCGAAGCUAAAACCUCAAUCCAGACCGUGCCUAACUUGAUUGCGGAUGCAAUUUGUCCAUCUCCACCAAAUGAGGUCGCAUAUUUGGGGUCAACACACUUACUGCGGACAUUUCAAGUGAGAUAA